AAAUGGCUGCCGAACAGGGAGCACCGGCAGCCCUGGUUCUGCCUCAGAUGGACGGAAGGGAUCUGAAUCUGGCGGGUUCCAACUUUGCGGAAAGCUCAGAAGGGGUUCUUAAAACCCACCACGGCAACGUCAUGGGGGAAAACGGAGACCUGCUGAGCUGCGAAGGGGAGGUUUCCGUAAGAUCGCAGGCCCUCGAUUCAGGGUGCAAGAAGGCCCAGUUGCGGGUUCCUGCCCUGUGGGACGAUACGAAGGUUCUUCUGCCUUCCUCGGAGGGAGCGACGUAUCCUAGCAGAGAGCAGGCAAGCCAGCGUGUCCUGGGCCACUGUGGGGAAGCCGUACCAGCCAACCGCAGCCCGAAUGCAAGGAAGGAUCCCACGGAAAGAGAUGCUAUCACGACAGAGACCCAGCGGUUGAGCUUCCGGCAUUUCCGCUUCCAGGAGGUCGCAGGGCCCCGCGAGGUGUGCAGCCAGCUCUGGUACCUUUGCCACCGGUGGCUGAAGCCGGAGAGGCACACCAAGGAGCAGAUCCUGGAGCUGUUGAUCCUGGAGCAGUUCCUGGCCAUCCUGCCCUCGGAGAUGCAGAACUGGGUCAAGAGGAACGGUCCGGAGAGCUGCGCCCGGGCGGUGGCCUUGGCCGAGGACUUCCUGCGGAGGCAACAAGAUGUGAGCUGCAGCCAGCAGGUGGUUUGCCAGGAGACGCCCGUCAAUCCCCCCGAGGCCAAACAGAUACCUUCAGAGGGUCAAGAGCAGCAAUAUCCUCCGGGGUUCAAGCAGGAAGGCAACAUGGACGCCAAUUGUACAGGUGAUGAGCAGCUGAACGAGAGAGUGGAGCCGGUGGAACCAGGUGGGAAGGGAAAAGGACGGUGCCUUCUGCCUGCGUUAGAGGAAGAGGGGAAGGAAGAGGAGGAGGAGGAAGCUCCUUCAAAUCCGCCCCAAACAGAGAGGAACCUGGGAAAAGGCCCAGAAGAAAGCGUUGCUCGUGGGGAAGCCUCAGACCCCCUCGCUGAGCCCACAAAGCGGCAGAAAGCUCCCAAGGGGAAACCGGAGACGACGUGCAGCGUGUGCGGGAAGAGCUUCAGCCGGCGGACGGGCCUCCUGGCCCACGAGCGGGUGCACACGGGGGAGAAGCCCUACAAGUGCUCACACUGCGGCCGGAGCUUCCGCUCAAGGUCGACCCUGGUGGUCCACCAGAGGACCCACACGGGCGAGAAGCCCUACCGGUGCACAGAGUGCGGAAAGAGCUUCCCGGUGACCACGCAGCUGAUCGAGCACGAGCGGACCCACUCAGGUGAGAAACCGUACCCGUGCACGGAGUGCGGGCAGGCCUUCCGCCAGCGCUCGCACCUCAAGAACCACCAGAAGAUCCACACGGGCCUCAAGCCCUUCAAGUGCUCGUAUUGCGGGAAGGGCUUCAGCAUUAGCUCGGACCUCAUCCGGCACGAGCGGGCCCACACGGGGGAAAAGCCCUACCAGUGCCCCGACUGCGGCAAACGCUUCUGCAACAGCUCGCAGGUGAUCACCCACCGAAGGGUCCACACGGGCGAGAAGCCCUACAAGUGCCUCGAGUGCGGGAAAGGCUUCACCGUCAGCCAGCAGCUCAUUCGCCACCAGGCCGUCCACACGGGGGAGAAGCCGUACCAGUGCCUGGAGUGCGGGAAGACCUUCGGGGUGAGCACCCUCCUGGCCGGGCACUUGCGGAUCCACACGGGGGAAAAGCCGUACGAGUGCUCCGAGUGCGGGAAAUGCUUCCGGCUCCGCUCGACGCUCAUCACCCACCUGAAGAUCCACAAGGCGAGGAAGACGACUUGUAGUUUGUGUGGGAAGAGCUUCAGUCGGAGCACCGGUCUGAUUGCACACCAGAGAAUCCACACAGGGGAGAAGCCGUACGAGUGCUCUGACUGCGGGAAGUCCUUCACGUUGCGGUCAAACCUGAUCGCUCACGAAAGGACCCACAAUGGAGAAAAGCCGUACCAGUGCCAACAGUGCGGGAAAAGCUUCAGUGUGAGCUCACAGCUUAUUAAGCACAAGAGGACUCACUCGGGGGAAAAACCCUACAAAUGUAUGGAGUGCGGACAGACUUUCCGCCAGAGCUCGCACCUCAAGAACCACCAGAGAAUCCACACCGGAGACAGACCCUUUAAGUGUUCGGAUUGUGGGAAAAGCUUCAGCGUGAGUUCGGACCUCAUCAGGCACGAGAUAUCUCACACGGGGGAGAAACCGUACCAGUGUCCAGACUGUGGCAAGCGCUUCUGUAACAGUUCUCAGAUUAUCACUCACCGGAGGGUCCACACGGGAGAAAAACCCUAUAAGUGCCUGGAAUGUGGGAAAAGCUUCACUGUAAGCCAACAACUCAGUAGGCACCAGAGAGUUCACACAGGAGAAAAACCAUAUAAAUGCCCCGAAUGCGGGAAAACCUUUGGUGUGAGCACACUCCUUACGGGACAUCUCAGAAUCCACACCGGCGAAAAACCGUAUGAAUGUCCAGAAUGCGGGAAAAGCUUCAGGCUGCGCUCAAACCUUAUUGCACAUCAGAAAAUACACACUGCAAGGAAAUCGGAGGAGGGAGAGUCCACCCCAAGGAGGAUUGUGAAAGAGACCAGAGCUGUUGUCGUUGAUAUUGGGACCGGCUCCUGCAAGUGUGGCUUCGCUGGAGAACAGAAGCCAAGCCAUGUGGUCUCCUCCACCGUAGGGAAGCAUUUCCAGGAGACGGCCAAGACAGGCGAUAACAGGAAAGAAACUUUUGUUGGCCGGGAACUUCAAGAUGCCAGCAUCCCUCUGAAGCUGGUCAACCCCUUGAGGCAUGGGAUCAUAGUGGACUGGGAUAGCGUCCAGGACAUCUGGGAAUACCUUUUCCAUAAGGAGAUGAAGAUUCGGCCCGAGGAGCACGCUGUCUUGGUGUCCGACCCUCCGCUGAGCCCCACCACCAACCGGGAAAAGUACGCGGAGAUGCUCUUCGAGACAUUCGGCACCCCUGCCAUGCACAUCGCCUACCAGUCCAGGUUGUCCAUGUAUUCCUACGGGAAGACGUCGGGUCUGGUGGUGGAGAGCGGCCACGGCGUCUCCUACGCCGUCCCCAUUUAUGAAGGUUACACGUUGCCAAGCAUUACCGAAAGGGUGGACUACGCCGGAUCGGAUGUCACCCAAUACCUCAUGAAGCUAUUAAACGACUCGGUGAAAUUGUUCUCGGAGAAAGAUUGGCAGAUCCUGGAAGAUAUCAAAGAGAACUAUUGCUUCACCUCUUUGGACUAUCCCCAGGACGCGGCUGCGCCUUCCAGGAACCAUGAGGUCGAGUAUGAGCUUCCCGACGGGCAGAGAAUCGUUCUCGGCAAAGAGAGAUUCAUGUGUUCCGAAAUGCUCUUCAAGCCGUCCCUGAUCAACUCGCAGCAGCUGGGGCUGCCCCUCCUCACCAUGACGACCCUCAACAAGUGCGACGUCGCCCUCAAAAAGAACCUGAUGGGCAAUAUCUUGCUCUGCGGGGGCUGUACCAUGAUGAAGGGCUUUGCUGACCGCUUCCAGAGAGAGCUGAUUAGGAUGUGUCCAAACGACAAUCCCAUCUCCUCAGCCUCCCCUGAAAGAGAUACGUCCGUAUGGACUGGAGGCUCCAUCUUGGCGUCCCUCAAGGCCUUCCAGCAGCUCUGGAAAGGCACAACCGUACGGCCUGGGAGUGGGCUCAGGGAGGAGGGAGAGUCCACCCCAAGGAGGAUUGUGAAAGAGACCAGAGCUGUUGUCGUUGAUAUCGGGACCGGCUCCUGCAAGUGUGGCUUCGCUGGAGAACAGAAGCCAAGCCAUGUGGUCUCCUCCACCGUAGGGAAGCAUUUCCAGGAGACGGCCAAGACAGGCGAUAAUAGGAAAGAAACUUUUGUUGGCCGGGAACUUCAAGAUGCCAGCAUCCCCCUGAAGCUGGUCAACCCCUUGAGGCAUGGGAUCAUAGUGGACUGGGAUAGCGUCCAGGACAUCUGGGAAUACCUUUUCCAUAAGGAGAUGAAGAUUCGGCCCGAGGAGCACGCUGUCUUGGUGUCCGACCCUCCGCUGAGCCCCACCACCAACCGGGAAAAGUACGCGGAAAUGCUCUUCGAGACGUUCGGCACCCCUGCCAUGCACAUCGCCUACCAGUCCAGGUUGUCCAUGUAUUCCUACGGGAAGAUGUCGGGUCUGGUGGUGGAGAGCGGCCACGGCGUCUCCUACGCCGUCCCUAUUUAUGAAGGUUACACGAUGCCCAGCAUUACGGAAAGGGUGGACUACGCCGGAUCGGAUGUCACCCAAUACCUCAUGAAGCUAUUAAACGACUCGGUGAAAUUGUUCUCGGAGAAAGAUUGGCAGGUCUUGGAAGAUAUCAAACAGAACUAUUGCUUCACCUCUUUGGACUAUCCCCAGGAUGCGGCUGCGCCUUCCAGGAACCAUGAGGUCGAGUAUGAGCUUCCCGACGGGCAGAGAAUCGUUCUCGGCAAAGAGAGAUUCAUGUGUUCCGAAAUGCUCUUCAAGCCGUCCCUGAUCAACUCGCAGCAGCUGGGGCUGCCCCUCCUCACCAUGACGUCCCUCAACAAGUGCGACGUCGCCCUCAAAAAGAACCUGAUGGGCAAUAUCUUGCUCUGCGGGGGCUGUACCAUGAUGAAGGGCUUUGCUGACCGCUUCCAGAGAGAGCUGAUUAGGAUGUGUCCAAACGACAAUCCCAUCUCCUCAGCCUCCCCUGAAAGAGAUACGUCCGUAUGGACUGGAGGCUCCAUCUUGGCGUCCCUCAAGGCCUUCCAGCAGCUCUGGCACGGGUUGCUGCCAAAAUUGAAAAUGGCGGGCCAAAAACCAUGGGGCCUCAGAUCAGGGGAGGGUUUGGAGGGAGCAUGUGCCCCUCGGAUCAACCAGGAUGAAUUUCUAAACCAGGCAACGGCGAGGCAGAUCAAGCAGGAAACGGAUGAGGGUUUGGCGCAACACUGGGAAACGCAGUGGGAAGAGUUCCUGAAGACCAUGGAGUCCCCUCACUUGGAGUGGGGAAACCCACAGUCCGGGGAAGAACCAUCUGCGUCUCUUGCCUCUUCAGAAAGGUUGGCUAAUGCUGAUCAAGAGCCUAGCAGAGAGCAAGAAACUCGGACCCUAGCAGGCCUCAGCUGGCAAACUCAAAAGGCCCGUGGCCGCUUAGAAGGCACUAUCCCGGGAGGCAUCCUGAAGGUGAAAGAAGAGGCUGUGGAGGAGAGGAAUCCAGAGGCGCACCGGCAACACUUCCGGCAGCUGUGCUACCGGGAGGAGGAUGGCCCACGCGGGGUUUGUGGCAAGCUUUGGUUCCUUUGCCAUCAGUGGCUGAAGCCCGAAAGGCACACGAAGGGGCAGAUCCUGGAGCUGCUGAUCCUGGAGCAGUUCUUGGCUGUCCUGCCCCUGGAGAUGCAGAGCUGGGUCAGGGAACGUGGAGCAGAGAAUUGCACCCAGGCGGUCGCCCUGGCAGAGGAUUUCCUGCUGGGGCAGGAAGAGGCAGCAAGACUAGACAACCAAUUCAGAGGUCUGCCCAAGAACAGUGUUUCUGUGGAUUUCCCCAAAGAGGAGCCGACCCCGUCAGUCUCACGCCUCCCCAUGGAGAUCAAGCAGGAGAGCAACAGGGCUGAUGUCUUAGUGGGGAAUGAUUCUUUCUUCACUACAGCAAGUGCCGUCGGGCUGUGUAAAAAUGAGGUGGAAAAUUGUGCUGUUGGAUCUUUUGAUCAAAUGGAAACGUUUGGGUUGUCGGUGGGUGCUACCCAGCGUCAUGAUAAGCACACUACUUUUGAGAAGAAGCCAAGAAACCUUCGAGGGAGGGAAGUGAACCUCCACAAGGGCCUUGAUGAAACCGUGGCCCAGGAGAAAACUCCAACAGGAGAGAGACAAAAGACUUGCAAAAUUUGCGGGAAAACAUUCAGCUGGAGAACGGAUCUAAUUAAGCACAAGAGGACCCACACGGGAGAAAAGCCUUACGAAUGUUUGGAUUGUGGGAAGAGCUUCAGCCAGGUAUCGGACCUUAAUAUCCACAAGAGAAUCCACACGGGAGAGAAGCCCUUCAAAUGCUCUCACUGUGGGAAAACCUUCAUCAGGAGCACGAACCUUAUUGUGCACGAGAGAAUGCACACGGGCGAAAAGCCGUAUAAAUGCUCGUACUGCGAGAAAACCUUCUGCGCGGGCUCGCAGCUUAUUAGCCACCAGAGAAUCCACACGGGAGACAAGCCGUAUAAAUGUUUUGAGUGCGGGAGAACCUUCAGCUGGAGUGCCACUUUUCGAAGGCACCAGAGAAUCCACACAGGCGAGAAACCGUACAAGUGCUUGGAGUGUGGCAAGAGCUUUAGUUUCAGGUCCGUCCUCCUUGCCCAUGAAAGAACCCACACGGGAGACAAGCCACACAUGUGUUUAGACUGCGGAAAAAGCUUCAGCCAGAGGGCUCACCUUAAUAGUCAUCAGAGAAUCCACACUGGGGAGAAGCCAUUUCAGUGCGCACAGUGUGGGAAACGUUUUAGUCUGAGAUCCGUUCUGGUUGCCCACGAAAACACCCACACUGUAGAAAAACCGCACAAGUGUUCAGACUGUGGGAAAAACUUCAGUAACAAAUCCCAGCUGACAAACCAUCAGAGGCUGCACACAGGAGAUAAACCUUAUAAAUGUUUUGUCUGUGGGAAAACAUUCAAUCUGAGCUCCCUCCUUACUGGACACCUGAGAACCCACACUGGAGAAAAACCGUACAAGUGCUCAUACUGUGAGAAGAGCUUCAGAGGCAAGUCCAACCUGGUAGCUCAUGAGAGAACCCACACAGGAGAGAAACCCCAUAAAUGCCCCGAUUGUGGGAAAACCUUCAGCCAAAAAAACAAUCUCAUUAGUCACCAAAGAACUCACACCGGAGAGAAGCCUCAUAAAUGCCCAGACUGUGGGAAGGGCUUCAGUCAGAAAUCGCACCUCCUCAAGCAUCAGAGAGACCAAAUGGGAGAGAAGCCGUUUAAAUGCAUGUGCUGUGAUAAAAGCUUUAGCGCCAGAUCAGCUCUGGUGGCGCACGAGCGAACCCACACGGGAGAGAAGCCGCAUGAAUGUAAGGACUGCGGUAAAAGCUUCAGCCAGAAAGCACAUCUCGCUAGGCACGAGAGGGUCCACGUUGCAGACAAGGCGUUCUUGGUGCACAGUCAGUAAAAGAGUUUCUGGAUGGCUGGAAAUAAUAAGCAAAAAGGAAAACCAUACUGUAAAUAAACUAUAUAAUGGUCAUUGCGGGAACAACCCUCUUGCUCCCCAAAUUGACAGUCCAGUCCCAUCCACGCUUAUUUAGGAAUAAAUCUCACAGAAUUCUGUGGGACUUACUUCUACGCGAGCAUGCCUAGAUUUGGCCCACGUGUGUGACAUAAUCUUUAAUGGCAAAGGUCAGGAAACUUUUCCCCCUCUUGGGGGCUGCAUUCCCUUGGAAGUAAUCCAUCAGGGGGCGCACCCUAUUGGUGAAUGGGACAGAAGGCAGUGGUGUGCAAGUCAAGAACCAAAAGUGAGCAGUCACCCCUUUUUUGCUCUCUCCCUUUCUGCCACCUCCUUUCUCUCUCUUCUUCCUGCCACCUCCUUUCUCUCUCUUUUUCCUGCUACCCCCCUUUCUCUCUCUUUUUCCUGCCACCCCCUUUCUCUCUUUUUCCUGCCAACUCCUUUCUCUCUUUUCUUCCUGCCACCUCCUUUUUCUCUCUUCUUCCUGCCACCUCCUUUCUCUCUCUUUUUCCUGCCACCCCCCUUUCUCUCUUUUUCCUGCCAACUCCUUUCUCUCUUUUCUUCCUGCCACCUCCUUUCUCUCUCUUCUUCCUGCCACCUCCUUUCUCUCUCUUUUUCCUGCCACCCCCCUUUCUCUCUCUUUUUCCUGCCACCCCCUUUCUCUCUUUUUCCUGCCAACUCCUUUCUCUUUUCUUCCUGCCACCUCCUUUUUCUCUCUUCUUCCUGCCACCUCCUUUCUCUCUCUUUUUCCUGCCACCUCCUUCUCUUUUUCCUGCCACCUCCUUUCUCUCUCUUUUUCCUGCCACCUCCUUUCUCUCUCUUUUUCCUGCCACCCCCUUUCUCUCUCUUUUUCCUGCCACCCCCUUUCUCUCUUCUUCCUGCCAACUCCUUUUUCUCUCCUUUUUCUCUCAGCCUGGCUGCUUCAUCGUCGUUUGAAACUUAAUAUGGCAAAAACUGAACUGCUUGUUUUUCCUCCUAAACCUUCUCCUCACCUCUCAUUCUCUCUUACUGUCAACGAUGUCACGCUCUCUCCGGUCAAGGAAGCUCGUAAUCUUGGCUUUAUAUUUGAUUCCUCGCUCUCCUUUAUUCCUCAUAUCGAGGCAGUAGCUAAAUCCUGUCGUUUCUUCCUGUAUAAUAUUGCCAGGAUUCAACCAUUUUUGUCUGUCUCUUCUGCCAAGACUCUCGUUCACGCACUGGUUAUCUCUCGGUUGGACUACUGCAACCUUCUUCUCUCUGGCCUUCCUUCGUCUCACAUCAGUCCGCUGGUCUCUGUCCACCACUCUGCCGCUAAGAUCAUCUUCUUGGCCCGCCGCUCUGACCAUGUCACUCCACUUCUGAAAUCUCUUCAUUGGCGUCCAAUUCACUCCAGAAUCCAAUAUAAACUUCUCCUGCUGACCUUCAAAGCUCUUCACGGUCUAGCUCCUGCCUAUCUCUCCUCUCUCAUCUCACACUAUCGCCCUGCUCGUGCUCUCCGCUCCUCUGAUGCCAUGCUUCUUGCCUGCCCAAGGACCUCCACUUCCCUUACUCGGCUUCGUCCUUUUUCUUCUGCUGCCCCUUACGCCUGGAACGCUCUUCCAGAACACUUGAGAACUACAAACUCAAUCACAGCUUUUAAAACUCAGCUAAAAACUUUUCUUUUCCCUAUAGCUUUUAAAUAUUGAGUAUGUUCUAACUCUAUACUGUUAGCUUCACCCUACCCGGUGCCUGUUUACACUUCCCUGUGCCUGUUU